GUUUAGAAUGACACCGCAGCCAACGGCAGACGAGAGAGGGGGCGGGUUUGUUUUCGCUUCGGUCACUGACAAUAUUUUUUACCUGAAGGAGAGAGAGGAGGCUGGAGUGGCUGAAUUAACGAGAAAUUUGUUCCGAAGACAAAACUGGAUUAUCCUUGUGAAAGAGAAGAUUCAAUGAUGGAGCCUGUCCAUAUUAAAGAGGAGAGUCCUGUACUAGAAUCAGUCCAUAUUAAACAGGAGAGUCCUGUACUAGAAUCAGUCCAUAUUAAAGAGGAGAGUCCUGCAUUAGAAUCAGUCCAUGUUAAAGAGGAGAGUCCUGUACUAGAAUCAGUCCAUAUUAAAGAGGAGAGUUCUGCACUAGAAUCAGUCCUUGUUAAAGAGGAGAGUCCUGAACUAGAAUCAGUCCAUAUUAAAGAGGAGAGUCCUGUACUAGAAUCAGUCCAUAUUAAAGAGGAGAGUCCUGUACUAGAAUCAGUCCAUAUUAAAGACGAGAGUCCUGUACUAGAAUCAGUCCAUAUUAAACAGGAGAGUCCUGUACUAGAAUCAGUCCAUGUUAAAGAGGAGAGUCCUGUUCUAGAAUCAGUCCAUAUUAAGAAGGAGAGUCCUGUAGUAGAAUCAGUCCAUAUUAAACAUCACUGUAAUGACUGUGGGAAGAGUUUCAAUCAGUCAAGCACAUUGAAAAGACACCAGCGAAUCCACACUGGAGAGAAACCAUAUGUCUGUGCUGACUGUGGGAAGAGUUUCAGUCAGUCCUGCUAUUUGAAAAAACACCAGCGAAUUCACACUGGAGAGAAACAAUAUGUCUGUGAUGACUGUGGGAAGAGUUUCAAUCAGUCAAGCACAUUGAAAAGACACCAGCGAAUCCACACAGGAGAGAAACCAUGUGUCUGUGUUGACUGUGGUAAGACUUUCAAUCAGUCAUGCUAUUUGACAAAACACCGACAAAUUCACACUGGAGAGAAACCUUAUGUCUGUGCUGACUGUGGGAAGAGUUUCAGAGAUUUACAAAGCCUGAAAAUCCACCAGAGAAUUCACACAGGAGAGAAACCGCAUCCAUGUAGUAGAUGUGGGAAGAGUUUCAGUCAGUUAGGAAAUCUUAAAACCCACCAGGUAAUUCACACAGGAGAGAAGCCACAUCGCUGUUAUGACUGUGGGAAGAGUUUCAGACAGUCACGCGACUUGAAAAUACACCAGCGAAUCCACACUGGAGAGAAACAACAUCUGUGUUGACUGUGGAAGAAGUUUCACAGAUUUACGAAACCUGAAACUUCACCAGCAAAUCCACACUGGAGAGAAACCACAUCACUGUAAUGACUGUGGGAAGAGUUUCAGAUGGAUAGGCAGCUUGAAAAUGCACCAGCAAUUCCACACAGGA